UGCCAGAGCAACGCCCAGCUCGGAGCCUUCCUCCUCCUCCUCACAACUCUUCUUCCUCCUCCUCCUCCCCUCACGGCUCCUCCUCUUCCUCCCCCUCGGCCCCGGCGAUGGCGGCUGGCGGCGGGCGGGAGGCGCCGGGCGCCCCAUGAGGAGACACAAAUUAGAGAAGACUCCAGGAGCAAACCGCACCAUGCAACCCGACUGUGCCCACCUCCACAGCACCCAGGGCAGCCGCGAUGACUCCUCCUCGCCGCGACUAUCGGGAGAGGGCUCCUGCCACCCCAGCCCCGCGGACGUGCGAAUCCAGCUGAGCUCCAGCGCCGGCGAUUCCCGGGAAAACGCGAGCUCCAGGCCGGGCCCGCAGAGCCGCUCGCACGGGCACGCCCACGGGGAGGGAGCGGCGCUGGAGGAUGCUCCGGAGCCCGAGGAGCAGGGCGGCAGCUCCCUGUCCGAGCUGCGGUGCCUCCUGCAGUGGCUGCACAACAGCCUGCCCUACCUGCUCAUCCUGGGGGUCAAACUGCUCACGCAGCACACAACUGGCAUUUCUCUUGGAAUUGGGCUGCUAACAACCUAUGCAUAUGCAAACAAAAGCAUAAUAAAUCAGGUUUUUCUCAGAGAACGGUGCUCCAAGUUGCAAUGCACUUGGUUACUGCUCUACCUAAGUGGAUCAUCUCUCCUCUUGUAUUACACCUUCCACUCUCAGUGCCUGUAUCACAGCUUAAUCUUCUUAAGCCCCACUGUGGAUUUUAUGAACUUUUGGGAGGUGCUUUGGAUUGUGGGAGUCACGGACUUUAUUCUGAAAUUCCUCUUCAUGGGCUUGAAGUGCUUUAUUCUCCUGGUGCCUUCUUUUAUCAUGUCCUUUAAAUCCAAGGGCUACUGGUACAUGCUGUUAGAAGAACUCUGCCAGUAUUACCGUAUGUUUGUCCCCAUCCCAGUGUGGUUCCGUUACCUCAGCGCCCACGGGGAGCCGGACGCUUCACUGGGGUGGACCCUGGGCAUCCUGCUGGCCCUUCUCUACCUCAUCCUCAAGCUUUUGAGCUUUUUUGGACAAUGGAGGAACUUCAGGCAGGUCUUACGGAUAUUUUUUACACGCCCACACUAUGGGGUGCCAGCCAGCAAGAGACAGUGCUCUGAAUCUGAUGAUAUUUGUUCCAUUUGCCAAGCUGAAUUUCAGAAGCCUAUUCUGCUGAUCUGUCAGCACACAUUUUGUGAAGAAUGCAUCUCUUUAUGGUUUAAUAGAGAAAAAACCUGUCCACUCUGCAGAACUGUUAUUUCAGACCAUAUUAACAAGUGGAAGGAUGGAGCCACAUCUAUGCACCUCCAGAUUUUCUAAAGCUUGUCAAACAACUUGGGUUCCAGUUUGUUUGUUCACACGAGGCUUUUUCAGUUUACUGCAGAUUAAAUUGUAGGUGGCACAGGGAAGGAGUUUCCAAAUUCCACAUAUUUAAAACAGUGCAGAAAAUGGCAACUUGACCUUUCUUAAGUAGAGAAAACUGAAGUUUUCAGAAUGAAUGCAGGAAAGCCAGCAUUGCUUCUCUUGUGAUUCUCAUAGGAAACAGUCAAAUCCUUCAAAUGUGCUGCAUUACUUAAUUCAACAUUUUAUUUUGAUAGUUGAAUAGGGUUCCAGACUGUACUAAACUGUAUUUAUCCUUCUAACAUGACUCAAGCCAAAAGGUCAACCUACUGAUUUUAUUAAGAUUAUGAGCAAAUUUUAUACUCUGGACUGCAGUGAGAAUUAGAGCUGCUUGGCACUCUUGGCAUUAAAGAUCUUUAAUGCUUGCCCAAUAAAUGAGAGAAAUGAGCUUAUUAAUGCACCUGGAACAGGAACUGUUUCUCACUGCACCUGUAGAUAAGCACAAAAAUAUUUCCCCUUUAGGUUCUUGUAGGCUUCUAAUGGAUCCCUGGCUUAAUCUUUUGGCUUUAAACCAGCCACUGAUGUUAGUUUUUUACUUGGCAUUUUAUAAAGCUGGUAUUUUUAAAAGAAAUCUUUAAUACUAUAUUUUUGUCAGAACAGGAAGCAGAUUUUCUUACAGGGGAGAAUCUAUUUUAUACUCUAUUUGCAAUUUGUAGUUUGCAUAAAAAUCAGAGAGAAUAAAUGCAUUUGAAUCUAUUUGUUUGGUGCAUGUUGAAUAAAGAAAGAUUUCUUAUUGUUUUGGUAUUAACUCAUGUAAGCACAUAACAACUGCUCACUGCCAGGUACAUUUUUCUUACUGAAGUAAACAAAAACCCUUUAAAUGUUACAA